AUCGAUCUGCUAAUCCUCACGCUUUGGAGAGAUUUUUGUCUCACUCUGCCAGUACAGGAAAGGCUGGGAUGGAGAGGAGUGAUGGAUGAAGAGCUGCAGUGCCAUCUAGCGGCGAGAAGGAGCGCUGCGACAUGUACAGUAUAGUAGUACAACACGGUACAGUACCGUGUUUACUCAGCCAAGGCACAUAUAAAAUAGGUGGGGAGAUUUGAUCUUAUUACUACUCUUAUUUCAUAACGGCAAUGUUGUGGACACACAGGUGCCAUUCCACGGUGAUGACACCACCUUCCACUUGCUCUGCCAAAAGGAAGCAUGCAGGAGUUGAAGAAAAGGCACAUACAUUAUAUCAUAAAUAAAUGAUAAAUGACCUCUAGAAAAAAUGAAACACAAUUUUGAAAAAUUAAUAAUUCAAAAUUAAAAUAUCAAUACAAUUGAUAAUCAUAAAUAAAUAAAAAUAAAUGACCUUUCCAAGAGACAGAGAAAGCGAUUUGUUCAUAAAACACCGGAAAUAAUUCAAUAAAUAUAAUAAUUACAAUUUGAAGGAGCCAUUUAUGCUUUGUUUUGCUGUAGUUUAUUUGGCUUAUUUUGGUGCUGGUAUUUCGUUUUGUUGGAGGAAUUUGAUUUUGUUUGGCCAUUAGUGGCAGUAUGGAGGUGUAACCACGUCACGGUAGGCGUUAACCACCUGCUUGGUCCCUCUCCGACCACUCCAGUGGCCACCCCCAACGGCGGGGGGAUAAUUUUGACAAACGCGGCUCUGUGGUGCAGAACAUUAGUUCAGCCUAACCGCCGUUUCCGCUUGGACGCAUUUCACUGCAGCACACAACUUACCGUGUGGGGGAGCUGUCAAUAAAAGCGCGUCUUGCAUGAACUGCAAGCGGGAGGUAAGUUUCCCAUGAUUCUUUGGUCGGAUCCGGUCAACUUUUCUCACUAUGUUGACUUUGACUUAAAUUCUGACGCGUGAUUCAGCUCAUAAAUCUGUUAAUAAUGGAAGCAUGUAAACGAAGGAGUCAGGAGUGCCGAUCGGCGUCUACUUCCGUAUUAUACCCUGCGCGGGUUUGGCCGCCAUGAUGGUGAGCAAAAUCCAGAAACUAUGCAUUGAAAACAUGAGCUCGGCUAUUAAUUGCUCUAAUAGACGGUCCAAAAGCAGUGGCCACCCCAAUGGCCAUAUAGACAAUUCAGGUAUCAAUUAUUGCCACCCCUAUGUGAGUAAUGGUCUCACCUUGGCCACCACAAUGAACAUUUCUGGCUCCUCCACUGCCAUGUUAGCUUGACAGACAGCUAAUCUUUGGUGGCACCUGUCAAUCAUUCAUGUUUCAAAGUGGACAUUCAGCCGCUCUGUGUGUGAAUACUUUUGUGUUUGUGGCAUUUUUGGACCCCACUGUCCGCGCGUAAAAGCAGACGAAGCACAAAUAUCACGUCGAUGACGUCCGAUUCACAGUUGAAAGUGAGUGAAAUGGAUGUUGAUAAGGCCUAAGAUAGACCUUCGGGUGUACAAGGUGGAAAAAGACAAAGAAAGCUUUUCAUGAAAGGCGCUGCUUUUGCCAAUGAAAGCGCACGAAAGCAAAGUAGUGAUGCGCUUCAGCAAGUGAGCAACAUAACGGUCCAAAUAUUGGAGCUCUUGUCGUUUUGCCUGAACCUACCACAGCUCCCCCAGCAUCUGUGCCUCAUAUGAAACCUCAAGUUUUCAACAUGGCGAACUUGCGUGCACAGAGUCCCCUGCAACACCGCAACCAGCCACGAGAUGUCACCGUCGAACCAAAUUUAAUACAAAGGAUGAGUUGGCUGCUUUCAGGGACCAACUUGGGAAUGGUAUCCCAAUGUCAACCGCCGUCGCUAUUCAGCCUGCAGCGCCACAGCAACAAGCGUUGCGCAACAUACAGAUACAACAACAGUUCCCCACGCUACAGGCUUCACAUGUAGCUGCUCAGCCAACGCGUACCAUCAUGCAAAGGAUGAUGAUGAAACCACAGCCUUGCUUGUGUUAAACAACCCAUUCAUUCAUCAUUCCAAUAAUUGACUAAAUAAAGUAAAAUUUAAAAUAAAUGAUCGUUCAGGAGACAAAGUGACUUGUUCAUAAAAUAAUGAAUCAUAAAUAAAAUAAUAAUGAAUAAAAUAAAAAUAAUCUUGCAGGAGACAAAGAGGACGUGAUUAGUUCAUCCCAAGAUGGUGAAAGAGAAAGUGGUGUCUUCAUAAAAUAAUAAAUAAAAAUCAUUACAUAAAUGAAAAAUAAUACAUAAUUAAAUAAAUAUAAUUAUUAAUAAGUGAUUUAUUCAUAAAAUAAUAAAUAAAAUAAUAAAAAUGAAAUAAAAAGUAAAUAAAUCAUCGUUAGGAGACAACGUGAUAAUUAAAUGAAACAAUUAAUUAAAAAAGGAAUAAAUUAUCUUUCAGAACACAAAGGGAUUUGUUCAUGAAAUAAUUCAAUAAAAACAAUAAUUACAAAUGAUUAAAUAAAAUAAAAAUAAAUGGUCUUUCAGGAGACAAAGGGCAAGCGAUUAGUCUGUCCCAAGAUGGCAAAAGAGAAAGUGAUUGGUUUAGAAAAUAAUAAAUAAAAUCAUUAAAUAAAUGAAAAAUAAUAAUAAAAUAAUAAAAUGAAAUAAAAAAAUAAAUAAAUCAUCUUUCAGGAGACAACGUGAUUUGUUCAUAAAAUAAAAAAAAUAAUUAAAACUAAUAAUUAAACAAUGAAUUAAAAUACGAAUAAAUGAUCUUCCAGACGACAAAGUGAUUUCUUCAUGAAAUAAUUAAAUUAAAAACAAGAAUCUUUCGGAAGACAUGAUGAUUUGUGGGCCGAUAUUAUCGGACAUCCCUAAUCUUAGUUGAUAUUCGACUUCGAUAUUCUAUUACAAGUAGGGCUGUCAAAUGAUGAAUCACUGUUUUUUAAAUGAAUUCAUCACGAUUAAUCACCAUGAGCAACUAUGUGUGAAAUAUGCCCAGUUUUACUGUCUUGAAUGAAGAGAAAGCUCCAUGACGGGACAGGAUUUAUACUGUAUACUGUAUAUAUGCUCGUAUGCAUUAACAGCUCCAAAUGAACUGAAUAUGUCAGUCAAGCUAGUCUCUUUACAACAUUUGAAUGACACUUUAAACCGUGUUAUUAUAAGCAACCAGGGGCACAUGCGGCAUAUGGUGUUGGAAUUGUACUCCUGAUGAUGUGUUCAGGUCACGAUGAAGUUAUAAAAGAGCAUCAGACUCUGUGGGACGGUGUGGGGACGCUCCACUGCGCUGCCGUCGUAACAGAGAGGCGUGCAUGCGUUAAUUACACAAAAAAAUGUAACCCGAUGAAUGAAAUAAAUAAUAUGAUAUAUUUAUUAGUGCGUUCACGUCCACACAUAACCAGCCUAACCUCAAAUACACAAAUUCAAUAAUUUGGAAUUUUAAUUCCUUUCGUUAAAAUUCACGAUAUAUAUUUUUAAUGUCUUUUUUCAUUUCGUCAGCGUGAAGCCACACACCGUAAACAUCUUGACAUGGAUGAUUGAGCUGUGAAUAUUAUAAGGUGUGCGUACUGUGUGUUUCUUGUAUGUCAUGAUUGUGUCGCUAAUGAGUGUGUUUGUGCUUCAAGGAUGAUGAAAGCCACCCCAGGCUUGUUCUUGAAGAUAAAAACCAACUCAGCUGCUGUGUUUUCUUCCAGAAGCUCCUCCCUUUCUUUUCUUCUCUUGGGACACAAAUGAGUUUCAGCAGGCAGGAGGAGGAGAAGGCGUCAACUUCCUGCAAACAUUCCCUCCCUCCCUCCCUCCCUCCCUCCCUCCUGUGAGCUGUCCCACACAGGCUUCCUCGGUGCGGACGUGUGAAAGGUGCAGACAUGGACUGGGGGACUGACUUAUGGGACCAGUGCGAUGUGAUCGACAAGCACACGCAGGCGGGUCUGGACCUGGUGGAGCGCUACAUCAAGUUUGUCAAGGAGCGCACGGAGAUCGAGCAGAGCUACGCCAAGCAGCUCAGGAGCCUGUCAAAGAAAUACACCAAGCGAGGCAGCAAAGAAGAGCAGGAGUGCAGGUUCAGCAACCACGCGGCGUUCCAGGAUAUUGUCAAGGAGCUGAACGACUACGCGGGCCAGAGGGAGGUGAUAGCGGAGAACUUGUUGAUCAACGUGUGCGGGGAGCUCACCAAGUACCUGCAGGACAUCAAGCAGGAGCGCAAAUCUCACCUUUAUGACGCCAAGAAGGCCCAACAGAACCUGGAGAGCAGCUUUAAGCACCUGGAAAGCACUAAGAAGCGCUUUGCCAAGGAGUGGGCGGAAGCCGAAAAAGCAUCACAGCAAGCAGAGAAGAUAGAGAACGAUGUGAACGCCUCAAAGAUCGAUGUGGACAAAGCCAAGCAGCAUUUGCACGCCCGCACGCACGCGGCGGAGGAGUGCAGGAACGACUACGCCGCUCAGCUGCAGAACUUCAACAAGGAGCAGAAGGCGUACUACUACACAGAGAUACCGCAGAUCUUCAACAAGCUGCAGGACCUGGACGAGCGGAGGAUCCGGCGCUUAGCGGCGGCUUACUGCCAGUUCUCGGACAUCGAGAAGAAGGUGCAGGUCAUCAUUGCCAAAUGUUUGGACGGAAUCUCCACCGCGGGAGAAAAGAUUGACGAGAAGCAGGACUCGCUGCUGUUCAUCGAGCAGCACAAGUCGGGCUUUGAGCGCCCGGGCGACGUUGAGUUUGAGGAUUACACGCAAGGAAUCAAAGCUGCCAGCUCCGACUCCAGCCUCAACCCACCCAGAGUGCGUGCCAAGCUGUGGCCCUUCAGCAGGAAACACAAGCCGCCUGCUGCAGAGGACUUCUCCCACCUUCCUCCUGAGCAGAGGAAGAAAAGGCUGCAGGCCAAGAUUGAUGACAUCAGCAGAAAACUGAACAGGGCACAAGAGGAAAGUGAAGCUCUAGAGAAGAUGAAGGGUGUGUACGAGCACAACCCCGAGCUGGGCGACCCGUCCACGCUGGAGCCUCAGAUGGCCCAGACAGCUCACAGCAUGGGACACUUGAAGGGCGAGCUCGCCAAAUACGAAACGUGGUUGUCGGAGGCGGUGGGAGGAGACGAAUGUGCCGUGGUCAACAACAACAACAACAACGACGACGACACGCAGCACACAGUUGUCACGGACGACGACAACAACCACAACAGCCAGAACAUCUACACAGAGUUUGACUACGAGUUUGAAGACGUAGAGGCCCCCGUAGGUCAAUGCACGGCUUUGUACACCUUUGAAGGCAACAGCGAGGGCACCAUCUCCAUCACAGAGGGCGAGCUGCUGAGCAUCAUGGAGGAGGACAAAGGAGACGGCUGGAUGAGGGUCCUCAGGGCCAGCGGGGAGGAGGGCUUCAUCCCGUCGUCGUACGUCAAGCGUUCCUCGUAACGUCCCGACAGAGGCGGAGUGCGGAAGGAAUGACUUUUCAACUUCUGAAUGCAUAAAAGUGUUCAUCAGCACAGUUAGUGCCUUUUUGUUUUUGAACAAUCUGCUGAAGACACGCCCUCCUUCCUGAUUGGACUUUUAACGAAACCACGCCUCCACACUUGACGCCAUGACAUUUGCAUAUUAAAAGGCACAGUGAUGUCAUUUUAUUGGUUUAUUCGCUGUUAAAAAGUCACAGUCUGUGCAGCGUUAGCUAGAGCCCGACUGACACUGGAGUUUGAAAUCUAUGUAUCAUAUAUCUAUGUUGUCAAAGCGCAUUAAAGCUAAUGUAAAUCUC